GCCAACCCGCCCUGUGUGCCGUGCCGUGUUUUGUGGUUUGUGCCGCCCGAUUGUCCCCCCGUCCCCCCCGUCGUCCGCACGUGACGUGCCCGUGGGUUCGUUGCUGCAAUGCGGUUUAAGUCUCCCGUUCGGUUCGGGUGCCUUUUCGUCCAGUGGCCAAUCUCCGCAGGAUACCGUGGAUAGCCGUGCGUGUGUUGGGAACUUCGAGCGAUGCCGUUUCAGCGCCGUGCAGGUGGCGUAUAUUAUGUUACAGGUGGCCCCGAGUGGUGCGAUUGAUUGAUUUUCGCUCCGUUCCUGACCUCGUCCAUCGUCCAAAGCCCGAUUCCGAGGCCAGCCGGGGUGGUGGUGAUUGCGUAAUCUAAUUAGUGGCAACCAGUAAACUAGAUAGAACCCGCCAGCACUCGUUCCCGUGUCCUGAGUGUUGACCAGUUCAGUUGCGACCGUUGCGCAAUAUCGGGUGUGCGUUUGUCCUUUGUUUUCGACCGGUGAAUGCCUCCGAUUGGAAGAAGGUGGCUGGUGGCUUCGGCAGAAAAUCUCGCCUUGUGUGAUAAAAUUUAAAAAUAAGGAGUGAAAUGGUGUGUUCUUAAAAUGGUUGAAUAGUAUUCUGCUUUUUAAAAUUCGCGUGUGACAAGAUUGAAGCGAUGUUGACAUCCACUUCCAUCACGACCCAACAGUGACCGUAAGGAUCCUUUCCCCGUUUGCUGUCGCCGUCGGAGGAUCCGAGUUUGGCGAGAUGGUUGCCCGAAACUUUUCACUGCAAGACAUGCCCUACAAUCGCGUCCUGCAGGUGCCGGAUGAUGAGCGCGAGUACCUCACGCUGGACGAGCUGAAACCGCACCAGCUCACGGAGCUCGGUGUAACGGUUUCGUCCUCGCUGCCGGUCACCUCCCAGCCACAGAGGACCGUUCCGGCCACGGCGGACAUGGCCCCGAACGGCGCGGUUCUCAGUGGGAGCGAUCUGCUACCGAAUUAUCACCAUCAUAACGCUUUCUACGAGCUCGGAGCAUCGCACGCACCGAUGGCCAACUCCUCGGCCGUUCCGAAUGACCAUAUGACCGGGCCGGAUGCCUCGCUCCUGGUCGAUCCUUCGCUGGCCGGUACGAUGUCGGCGGUGACCAACCUGAGCGCCCUGUCGGUGGCCAGUAGUGGCCACCAUCACCACCACGGCCACCAGACCGGAGGCAGUGGGCCACGCAAGCGAAAGUUUUCGUUCAAUUCCCAUUGCAGUGAUACAAGCGACAUCGAGGAUGACACGUGCGAUGACUCCAAAUCGGUCAGGACGGCCGACGAGAGCAAGAAACAAAACCACAGCGAAAUCGAGAAGCGACGGCGGGACAAGAUGAACACCUACAUCACCGAGCUGUCCGCGAUGAUACCGAUGUGCCACGCGAUGUCCCGAAAGCUCGACAAGCUGACGGUGCUCCGGAUGGCCGUGCAGCACCUGAAGACGAUCCGCGGUGCAGUCCACUCGUACACGGAGGGCCACUACAAACCGGCCUUCCUCUCCGACCAGGAACUGAAGAUGCUGAUCCUGCAGGCGGCCGAAGGCUUCCUGUUUGUGGUCGGGUGCGAUCGGGGCCGUAUCCUGUACGUAUCGGAGUCCGUGUCGCACGUACUGAACUACUCGCAGGGUGAUCUACUUGGGCAGAGUUGGUUCGAUAUCCUGCACCCGAAGGACGUGGCGAAGGUGAAGGAACAGCUCUCCUCGUCCGAUCUCAGUCCCCGGGAACGGCUGAUCGAUGCCAAAACGAUGCUUCCGGUGAAGACGGACGUACCGCAGGGUGUGACGCGACUGUGCCCCGGUGCCCGCCGCUCCUUCUUCUGUCGCAUGAAGUGCAAGGCGAACGUCCAGAUCAAGGAGGAAACGGACACGGGCAACAACGUGGCCAGCUCGACCGUGUGUCACCGGCGCAAAAAGCAGCUCAAUUCCGACAAGAAAUAUUCGGUGAUACAGUGCACCGGCUACCUGAAAUCGUGGGCUCCGGCCAAGAUCGGACUGGAGGAGAACGAAACGGACGGUGAGGGUGACUCCUGUAACCUUAGCUGCCUGGUAGCCGUCGGCCGGGUACAGCCUAACCUCUGCAGCCUGGCAGCGAGCCAACUCGCAGGUACCGGGCAAACGUUACAGCGACCGAGUGACAACGGCAAUGGAUCCACCGGCAACGGAGGUCCCUCCUCAAACACGGGCAAUGGCAACGUGACGUCCACCAGUAACGGAACGUCCGGUACGGUAGGCAAACCGACCGUCGGUGGGAGCAACAUUCCCAACCUACGUAACGUACAGUUCAUCUCACGGCACGCAAUGGACGGCAAGUUCCUGUUCGUGGACCAGCGGGCAACGCUGGUGCUGGGGUUUCUGCCCCAGGAACUGUUGGGGACGAGCAUGUACGAGUACUACCACCACGAGGACAUUCCGGCGUUGGCCGAGUCGCAUAAGGCGGCGCUGCAGGGCACCCAGUGUGUGACGACCUCGGUGUACCGGUUGCGCACCAAAGAGUCCGGCUUUGUGCGGCUCCAGAGCGAGUGGAAAUCGUUUCGCAACCCGUGGACGAAGGACAUCGAGUAUCUGAUCGCGAAGAACAACGUCAUCCUGUCGGAGCUGGCGGGCGACGGUGCGGCUCGCAAUGGGACCGGUGGAUACGCCGCCGAUUUGGCCGACGGAACGAGCGAAGCGUCCGGUGCAACGGGGCGACCCGGUGGCCAACCGAACGUUGGGUACGAGUUUUUCAACCACUCCAACGGCCGGGAGAUACAACGAAUGAUCAACUCGCACGUGGAGGCGAGCAAAAUUGGCCGUCAGAUCGCGGAACAAGUGUUGGACCAUCAGCGGCGGCUGGGUGAUUCCUCCUCGGAGAGUAGUCCCAAUCCGAACGAACCAACGCUGCAGCCCGCCUUCAGUUCGGUCCUGUCGGAGACGACCCAUUCGAACGACGGCACCUCGGGUGACCACAGCCUGAACACGUCGAGUGGCGUUUCGCCCUCGUCGGUUCCGGUCGGCGGUCCGUCGGCGGUGGUGACACCACGGAUAAACGGGACCCUACCCGGCUACGGUCACGUGCAGACGAGCGCCCUCUUGAGCCCCGAGCACGAUGUGUCGCAAGCGCAGGUCAGCAGCACCGACGGGAACGAUGAGGCGGCCAUGGCUGUGAUUAUGAGUCUCCUGGAGGCAGACGCCGGACUCGGUGGGCCGGUCGAUUUUUCCGGCCUCCCGUGGCCCCUCCCGUAG